UUCUCCGCUGUAGUGGUAACUUUGGCAAGUAUUGGUGCGAUGCUGUCGAUAUGUUUGCUACUGCUAUGGCUAAUUUGCUGUGCUAAAAAGAAAUUCUGUGUAAAACGAAUAGCUAGUAUUGUCGCUAAUGAAGACUCAUUCGAACAAGAGAAACACAUAGAGCAACCGUUAAUUAAAGAUGCGAGUGAAAACAAAGAUCAGCAAUGGGACAGCAAGUACAGAAUUAAGAGAAAGAAAGGAAAGUUUUAUGUAAAUAAAAAAUGUCGAAAACAAGAUGAAAGAAGAAAAUAUGACAAGUCGCACGUUCGUAAAACUGUUAAAUACAUGAUAAAUUUUUAUCAACGUUCCUAAAAAAAAAUCUCACGUUAUUAGCAAUUUAAUAAAAUUGAAAACUUAUUGUCUGAAGCUAAUUUCGUACCUCAUUCCAUUAUAGGUACACGAGGAUGAAUGGGGAUCGCAUCGCGUAAAGAAUGCUCCAGUUAUUAGCCCAGGUUCCUAUCAGUCUCACGAAGAUUACAACAACCGUAAGUAUCUUUUAAUAUAUAAAAUAAUAUUUAUAUAUCAUUUUAUAAUCCACAA